CCAGGUGGAGCCCUCCUGACUCCUAUCUGCUGGGGUGGAGCCCUCCUGACUCCUAUCUGCUGGGGUGGAGCCCUCCUGACUCUCUGAAAAGGCCUGCACACACCUGUGCAAUCAGUCUCCUGGCCAUUCCCAAAACCUGGUCCCAGGAUUGGAGAUUUCAUCCCUCCCAAAUCGCUUCGAAAUCUCCAGGCUCCAGCUCCCAAAAUGGACCUUACAACAAAGGAGGAAAGUGAAAAGCCACUUUCCUCCAUAUCAAACCUUUACCCUGGAGUCCCUCAACCUGCCUUGUUGAGAAUCCAGGGUGACAGAUCGCCACACUGUCACAAUAUGCAGAAU